AUGGAUCGAUACACUUCUUUCCCGCAGUUUUAUCCCCGCGAUGAUGACCUCAUCUCUUCAGGGUCGGUGGUGGAGUGGAAAAUCCCCGGGAAGAGCAUCUCCAAAGAAGUCCUCGCCUUGUCUUGGGCAACCCUGCUGCGCUCCUUCACUGGUGUAGAAUCUCCGGUAUUCAACUUGGACGGCAGACCGAUCAGAGCAGAUUUGUCUGCCAGGACCAUCCAUGAGAUUGCGUCCGACCUGCUUCCUCAGCCAGACAGCACUUAUUCAGCCAUUCUCACUGAAGGAGUUGAGAACAUCUCUCUCCAAGCGCAGGAACAGAGAGCUACAUCGCUGGCGGGUGCUCUGCUGAUUGCGGUAGACUUGGAGACCGGUGCGGGAUAUCUCUCUGCGGACGGCGUUAGCAUCACGCCGUCGUUCCUCGAUCAGAUCGGCCGGCAGCUGAAGCAAGUGAUCCAGAACCAGGCUCGAACUAGUGGGCUGCAGGUGGUUGUACCUGCAGCUGAACAUCCGGAGCUGUCCAUCGCGAACCCGCAACCGCAUAUUCUCCCUGGACCCCAGCUCCUCCAUCAACUUGCAUUAACUGGCAAAUGCGGUUCAAAUGGCGCCAUUGAUUUCCUCCAUGCAGACGGGACAGUGCAAAGCUUAUCCUAUGACCUCCUGGACCGACUUUCUACGAGACUGGCUGCCCGCUUGGCAGAGACAUUGGGUCCUGUCAAGCAAGGUGAGGCUCACGACGUGGUAAUCCCGGUGCUAUUACCACAGUCCGUGGAUCUAUACAUCUCAGUUAUCGCCAUCCUCAAGGCAGGUGCUGCUUUUUGCCCUCUUAGCCUAGACUAUCCCCCUGAACGGAUCGACUUCAUCGUAAAUGAUGUGGCUGCUGAGGUGGUUGUUACGCAAAGCCACCUUGCAACGAAACUAUCCUCUCUCGAUUCAGUACGAGUGGUUUUUACAGAUGACCUGCAGUCAAUUGAGACACCUUCUAGUUUACCCGAGAGGACUAUCAGCCCAGAGAGAUUAGCCUACGUGAUGUACACGUCCGGUUCGACUGGACGUCCAAAGGGGGUUGGCAUUUCACAUCGUGCGGUGACGCAGUCACUACUCGCACACGACGAAUUGAUUCCAACGUUCAAGAGGUUCCUACAAUUUGCAUCACCGACUUUUGACGUUUCAGUCUUCGAAAUGUUCUUCCCUCUAUACAGAGGUGCAAUUCUCGCUGCCGCAGACCGGGAAACCAUGCUACGGGAUAUCUCGUCGGUGAUGAGGAAGUUGGACGUUGACGCUGCAGAGCUCACUCCAACAGUUGCCGGAGAGUUGCUUCAGAGACGAGAUAAUGCCCCGUCCCUGAAGAUACUCCUCACAAUCGGCGAGAUGCUUACACGGCAUGUUGUGGACGAGUUUGGAGGAUCGGAAAAUCGAAAAGGCAUUCUCCACGGAAUGUAUGGACCGACGGAAGCAGCAAUACACUGUACGAUCGCCUCUGAUUUCCAGACAAGCGCGCGGGUCAACCUUAUUGGGAAGCCCUUCAAGACCGUUUCUGCAUAUGUUGUCUCCACCGAGCAAAAAGGAGAUAUGCAGAACGGGGAACCAGAAAUUCUCCCUAUCGGCCAGAUUGGUGAAUUGGUUGUAGGUGGUCUGCAACUUGCGGAAGGCUAUAUCAAUCGACCAGAGGAGAACUCAACGGCUUUCCUAAUUAGCAAGCUACACGGUCGGUUAUAUCGAACCGGCGACAAAGCUCGGCUUCUUCCCAAUGGUGAAAUCGAAUGUUUUGGGCGAAUAUCCAGUGGUCAAGUGAAGCUCAGAGGCCAAAGGAUAGAACUGGGUGAAAUUGAACAAGUUGCCUCCAAGACAGAUGGUGUGCGGAGCACGGUGGCAGUUAUUGUGGACGGAACGCUUGUUAUUUUCGCACUUGUCAACGAUGACAAAGUUACCGCAAAUAUUAUCCGCGAGACAUGCAAGCGGUGGUUGCCGAGAUUCAUGGUUCCCGGCGAAUAUAUUCUCAUGAACAGUUUCCCUCAACUCCCAUCUGGAAAGGUUGAUAGAAAAGCCCUCGAAAGGGAGUUCGUCCAACGACGGGAGGCCAUGGUGUCGUCCGGCGAGCAGAGAUUCCGGGACGCUCUUGAAGAAAAGAUCGUCAGAUGUGUCUCUGAGACUCUCGGAACCGUGCAUUAUGAUCGACAGGAACUCACAGCAGCUGGUCUAGAUUCUUUGACAGCAAUUCGGUUGGCAUCCCGACUUCGUACGGAGGGAGUAAAUCUGGACGUCGGGAAGCUCCUCGAGGCUAACUCCAUCACCGGAAUCUGGCGUCUUGCGGGUGACCUACAUGAUAGAACGUCAGAAGAAGGCGAGAAAGGCCAUAUUCUGAGUGUAAAGCAGAACAUUGUCAAUGCUACCAUCGAAAGGUUGCGUUCCAUUGACGUUCUCUCAAAGAUCCAGAAUGUCGAGCCUUGCAGUCAUAUCCAGCUGGCUAUGCUUGCUGAAACUGGUCGCAAUCACCAAGCAUACUGUAAUUGGAUCGAGCUCGAAUUUUCCGAGGGUAUUGAGACUUCUCUAAUCAAACGGGCCUUUCAAAGUAUCGCGCAAGAAAAUGAUAUAUUGCGAUCUGGAUUCAUUGAGACUGGACUGGGAGACAGCUCCUACAGCAUGUUCAGUUGGAAGGAAUUAGACGCUGAUAUUUUCGAAGAAGUCCCGUCCUUCAGAUACGACAUUCGCUUGGACGAUGCGAAUGGCAUUCUGUAUCCGCUUAGAGUGCAGCUCAAGCAAGAGAGACAACACGUUCAUGCUCUAAUCCAUUUGCACCAUGCCCUUUAUGAUGGAUGGUCGUGGGAGCUGAUCCUAGAAGAUCUCCGUGUGGCUCUCAGAGGAACGACUCCGACACGGAGACCGCCUUACAAGCGUGUUACUGAUUUCUACCUGGAAUUCAAUGGUCUUCCAUCUGCAGGCGAUUCAUCAGUCUAUUGGCAAGACAAUUUACACGACGUGACUCCUACAACAUGGCCAAACCUGAAUGACAAGAAUGAUAUUCCUAGAGGAACAGGAGUAGCCCAACGAAUAUUGUCAAUUCCCGCUUCAGAAAUAGAAAAGGCAUCAAGGGGGUUCGGAGUCAGCCGGCAAGCCAUAUUCCAAGCCGCCUACGGCUAUUUGCUUUCCUCAUAUUUGGAAACAUCAGAUAUUGUUUUUGGAACCGUAUUCUCUGGUCGCACAUUACCUAUUGAGGAGAUUGAGUCCAUCAUAGGACCAUGCAUCAGAGUCCUUCCGACGCGGAUAAACAUCGACAGCACACGAAAUAUAGCAGAUCUGCUAGCGGCGAUCAAUAGUUCAAAUCGAAAAGCUCUCCGAUAUGGGCACCUCUCUCUUCAGGACAUCAAAAGGGCUUCUGGAAUUGAUCCAGGAGUCAGCUUGUUCGACAGUCUGAUCAUAUGGCAAGAGACGCUGAGCAGAGAACAGCAAUCGACUGAUCUCUUCAAGGAAGUCGCAGCUACUGACUUCCUCGAGUUUACAAUGACUCUGGAGCUGCAACCUCGAGGUAAUGAAAUCCAGGCCAGGGUCAAUUUUCAGACGUCAGUCCUACCAGCUGCUCAGGUCGAAAUAUUCUUGGAGCAGUUAGAGGCCGUGGUAUCCUUGUUUAUACACUCUACCGACCUUCCAGUCGACAAAAUCAGUGACUUCCUUCCCCCAUCAGUUCUUUCAAUAGAGAAUGAGAACUUCGAGCCCCAGCUUGAUCUCCCGCGACUGGCGUAUUCUGUUGAAAAGCUGGCUUCUGAGGACCCGGAUAGGAUUGCAAUUGAGUUCCUACAUUCUUUAGAUCUGGAGAGCGGUGCUGGGACGAAAGAAGAAGUCACCUACUGUCAAUUGAAUGCCAGGGCAAAUCGCUUUGCCCAUCAUCUUAUCGAGCUUGGAGCGACCGACAACGACCUUGUUGGCGUUAUCCUAGAAAAGUCCGCCGACCUCUAUAUUUCCAUCCUCGCAGUUGCCAAGAUUGGGGCUGGAUACGUCCCAAUUACACCAAAUACACCUCCUGAUAGAGCAACGUUUAUUCUGGCCGAGUCUAGGGCACGGUUUUGCAUUACUGACUCUUUUAUAGCGCAGAAAUUGCAUAUUGCAGGUUCUUUGAAAUUGAUUACACUCGACAGGGAGAAUUUCGACAGUUAUCCUACUACUAAUACCCCGUCUCGCAAUGGAGCGGACAAUCUUGCAUACGUUGUUUUCACUUCUGGAAGUACAGGAAAGCCAAAGGGCGUUCUUAUCACCCAUCAUAAUCUACAGAGUAAUCUGGCAACUCUUACGGAAUUGUAUCCAGUGGAAGAGGGAUCAAAACUGCUCCAGGCGUGCUCUCAGGCUUUUGACGUUUCGGUAUUCGAAAUAUUUUUCUCAUGGCACAGAGGCAUGACCCUUUGUUCAGCCACUAACGACAUAAUGUUCGGGGACAUUGAACAUGUCAUCCGGGUCAUGAAUGUUACCCAUCUCAGUCUUACACCUACAGUGGCUGCACUCAUUCACCCAAGUAAUGUGCCAAAAGUCCGAUUUCUCGUUACAGCUGGUGAAGGCAUGACGACAAAGGUUCACAGAGACUGGGGGGGAAAGGGGCUGUACCAGGGUUAUGGCCCAAGCGAGACAACAAACAUCUGUACAGUUCGGCCUAAUGUUGGACCAUCCGAUCCGAUUAGGAAUAUUGGUAGACCAUUCAAGAACACUUCUGCGUUUGUUGUCUCUGGUGAUAAGACUUUCUCGUUGGUUCCUCGGGGCGCAGUUGGCGAGUUUGUUUUUGGAGGUGACCAAGUGGGUAGAGGUUAUCUGAACAUGCCAGACUUGACAAAUGAGAAGUUUAUCGAACAUCCUCGCUAUGGUAGACUCUACAGAUCUGGAGACUUUGGGCGUUUACUCGCAAGUGGCGCUCUACUCUUCACGGGUCGCAGAGAUGACCAGGUGAAGCUCCGUGGUCUUCGAAUUGAACUCGGGGAGAUCAACAGUAUUCUUCUGCGGGAUGGAUCUGUCAAAGACUGUGCCACCAUGAUUGUUAGCAAUAAGAACCAAACCCAGCAGCAACUGAUCUCAUUCUGGACACCAGCCACCCCAGUGAUCGAGACGGAUAAUGAAGGCUACAAGAAGAUAAUCAACUAUCUCUUUGAGGAUCUCCGUUCGGCCUUGCCUGGUUACAUGGUGCCGUCGUCACUCAUACCAAUUGACUGCAUUCCUAUGACGUCUCAGAAAAAGACUGAUCAUAGAAGACUACAGGAGAUCUUCUGGGCAAUGGAACCAGAGCAGCUGGAGAGCUUUUCUGCAGAAGUUGAGCCUGCCGGGGUUGAUGACAAUUUCUCUGAUUUGGAACAGCGAGUUGCGGCCGUUCUUUCUGAGGUUACUCUCGUCCCACUACACAGCAUCCAUAGAAACACGUCAUUCUACAGCCUCGGCUUAGAUUCGGUGUCCGCUAUAUCUUUUUCGAGGGGACUGAGAGAUGCCGGUAUUGGGAAACUCGAUGUCUCCGUUAUACUCCGCCAAAACUCGGUGGCGAGACUAGCCAAGACAUUAUCAGAGAGAAUUUUGGAAGUCAAUGGAAUACAUAAACACACAACGUUGGAUAAAGCCUUCAAAGAAGACUUCAUAACCCAGGUGACGUCCGAAUUUGAAAGAGCUGGAAAAGAAAUCGCAGAAAUUCUCCCGUGCACUCCGCUUCAGGAAGCAAUGCUCUCCCAGACAGAGAGCAAGGAUGCUCGGACCUACUUUAAUCACCUUCUGUUCAGAGUGAAUGGGGAUUCUGACAAAUUCAGAGAGGCUUGGUGGAACAUGGUAUUAAGACAUGAUAUUUUACGAACAUGCUUCGUUUCCACCGAUGAUGCGCGGUUCACUUACGCUCAGGUGGUCUUAAAAAAUGCUGAUCUACCAUGGUCAUCUCUAGUGACGACGGCUAAUCUCCUGACAUCCGCAAUCGAAGAGCGGAAGAUCAAGUCUGCGGACACAUAUCAGGACCCCUUGAAAUUACCCUAUUCUCUGACGCUCUUCAAUGUCCAGGAAACUGGCGAAAAGGUCCUGUUAUUCUCUCUUCACCAUGCACUUCAUGACGGUGAGGCUAUGGCAGUCCUUUUGCAGGAAGUGGAGACAACGUAUCAUGGAGAAUCACUACCUGAUGCAGUACCAUUUCGCAAAUUCAUCGAGUAUACCGUCAAUGCACCGCUCGAUGCAUCCAACGAGUUCUGGAGCCGCUAUCUGUCUGACUUAUCUCCAAGGCUGCUGUGUUCACCCUCAAACAAUGGGCCCCAGCAAGGUGAUCCUGGCUAUCUGCAAACCCGAUUGUCAUUGGAUAUCCCCUUCGAUGCAUUCGAAAAGCAGUGCAAACAGGUCUUGGCGACACCCUUGAACGUUUUUCACACAGCCUGGGCUAGAUUGCUCGCCUUCUACACUGGCUCUACAGAUGUUUGUUUCGGUAAUGUCUUUAGUUGUCGGACAAUCCCACUAGAAGGUGUCGAGAGGAUAGUCGGGCCAUGUUUCAAUACACUCCCUUUCCGCGUCAGAAUACCCUCGACGGCGACAAAUACUGACAUCUUGAAGACCGUCCAAGAGAGCAACGUCGAGAUCCUGGAACACCAGCUAAGCUCUCUGCGAAAUAUUCAGAAGAAUGUCCUGCGUAACGGAGUGAGAUUUUUUGAUACUCUCCUUAUUUUACAGAACAAUGCUCGAGGGUUGAGUCGCGACUUGUGGCAACUGCUCGAAGAACAAGGAGAUAUGGACUUCCCGAUUAUAUGCGAAGUUACGCCACACCUAGACGAGAAUAAAGUCCAUAUAUGCCUGCACAGAGAAACGUCGCGGCUCUCUCAAUCUGAUGCAGAGAUCCUCCUCCAGAACUUUGUCACAUUAGUCCAACACACUGUCAGAUAUCCUUCUGCUCGGGCUGCUGAUCAAAGUAUUCUGGAUACUAGGGCAAAUUUGCCUUUGCCAACGACUGGUCAGAACGGUCUCCUCGUUGCAAGCAAUUCUCAUUCAGAGCUUCCUAAUUCCAAAUCGACAUCGUAUUCCUGGACGGCAGAAGAGACAGAGAUUCGGGACUUGUUGUCCAAUCUUUCCGGGGUCCAGAGCGAGCUGAUUAAGCUGGAGACAACAAUAUUCCAACUGGGACUCGAUAGUAUCAACGCUGUGCAGAUCGCUGGCGCCCUGAGGAAACGUGGCUAUGAAGUGUCUGUGAUUGACAUUCUUGAAACCCCAGCCGUGAGUGAGAUAGCAUCGCUUCUUACUCGCCAGCAAGAGGAUGCGUCUCACGAGCAAGAAUUUGAUUUCGCAUCCUUCGAGACCAAAUAUCGUCCUCGCGUGUGUGAGCAGUUGGGCAUCGACAGUACCCUUGUACACUCAGGGGGCGAGUUGUAUUUCACCCGCGUGGUCCUGAGAUCAUAUGCUCCUCUUGACGAAAAGCUUCUCAACGAAGCUUGGACGAGGACUGUUGCAAGACACGAGAUGCUGCGCACAGGGUUUGUCCAGCUGCAAGAUCAGCAAUACCCCUUUGCCAUGAUUACAUACCACAAGGAUGCCAUGCCACUACUUUGGUAUGGAGAGCCUCUAGAGUCGGGGACUAGCAACGAGGCGCUUUCGAGAAGAAAGAAUAUUCACGCCAAUCUCCACCGGCCUCCCUGGUACCUCGCAGUAAAGACCACAGCGUCCAGUACAUUUCUCGAGUUCUCAGCUCUUCAUGCGAUUUAUGAUGCCCAGUCCUUAGAGUUGGUCUUUAGGGAUGUUGCAGCAGCCUAUACUGGCCAAAGCUUGGCUGAUGUUAUCCCAAUUGGUCCUGUGUUGAGUCAUAUUCUCACAUCCAGUGUGCUCGAGAGCGACGCUACGGAGAACUUCUGGAAAGACGUUCUCAAAGAAUCACAAGUGGUUAGAUUCCCUGACCUAAACCCAUUGCAUGCAGAAAAGGGAAAGUUGUCCGUGGUCUCAAAGAAAAGUUCUCGGUCAUUGACUUUGUUGGACACUGGAUGUCGAGACCUAGGCAUUACGCUCCAAGCUGCUGGACAAGCUGCAUGGGCCAGACUGCUGUCUGCAUAUACCGGUGAAACAAACAUAGUCUUCGGGCUUGUGCUAUCUGGUCGUGACCUAUCUGAGAUGGCGAAAGAGGCAGUGAUGCCGUGUCUGAUGACAGUGCCUUGCCCAUGCCGCGUGCAGAAUACUAAUCGUGAUCUCACCAGCCGCAUCAUGAAACUAAACGCUGGGCUCAUGAAAAAUGGCCGUACGCCAUUGUCAAAAAUCCAGCGAUGGCUGAAGUCUGAACAGGGAUUAUUUGACACGCUGUUUGUGUACCAGAAAAUGUCAUCUGGGACAGAGGACUCUCGUCCUUGGGAGGUCGUGGAAGAUGACGCUAAGAUCGACGUGUGUACCCCUUCUUCACUAAAUACCGGUGUGAAAGCUUACCAUUUACAGUAUCCUGUGUCGAUUGAAAUGAUUCCCCGCUCUGGAGAGCUGGAGUUGCGGCUGACCUGCAAAAGCGAUGUUGUCCCCCAAGAACAAGCAUCCCUCAUUCUAGAGCAGUUCGACAAGUUCAUCAUAGACUCCAUCUUUUCGCCGGAUUCAAGCUCUGAUGACUGUUCCGGCGUCGGCCGCGACUUUCUAUCUAUUACACCUGCCAAAGAACAGAGAAUACCUUCCCCAGUGCAGCUGCUGCACGAAUUCGUCGAAGAAAGUGCGCGCAAAGUACCUCAGAAGAUAGCAUUUGAGUUCGCAACCAGCAUCGAAAGAAACGGGGUCGAAAAGAGAGUCUGGACUUACGAGGAAUUCGAUUCUGAUGGAAAUAAGUUUGCCCAUCUCUUACAAAGAUUCGGAGCUCAACCAGGGCAGUUAAUCGGUAUAUGUUUCGAUAAAUGUCCUGAAGCAUCGUUGGGAAUCCUUGCUGUCUUAAAAGCAGGCUGCGCAUACGUGGCUCUGGACCCCAAUGCACCGAUCGCCAGAAAACAAUUUAUUAUGGGCGAUGCAGGUUCCAAGUUGCUGCUAUGUACCCUCGACAAGAAGGCAGAGUUGGAGACCAUUCCUGACAUCAAAGUACUUGCGCUAGAUGAACCGGGUAUUUUGGACGAUGUACCGUCAGGUGCAGUGGUCCUUGAUCGACCGGUAACGCCACAGGACGUAUGUUACUGCUUGUAUACGUCUGGAACUACUGGGACACCAAAGGGAUGCGAAAUAACCCACGACAAUGCUGUUCAGGCUAUGCUAGCUUUCAGCAGGCUUUUUGAUGGCCAUUGGGACGACGAGUCUCGAUGGCUCCAAUUCGCUUCUUUCCAUUUUGACGUUAGUGUCCUUGAGCAAUACUGGAGUUGGAGUGUUGGCAUUUGCGUCACUUCGUGCCCUCGCGAUUUGCUAUUUGAAGACCUCGCCGGUACGAUUCGCGCACUGCAGAUCACGCACAUUGAUCUUACUCCUAGUCUCGCGAGGCUGCUCAGUCCGGACGAGGUUCCUUCUCUGUGUCGCGGUGUAUUUAUCACGGGAGGAGAACAACUGAAACAAGAGAUCCUUGAUGCAUGGGGAGAGCAGGGAGUCAUCUACAAUGGAUAUGGUCCAACAGAGGUCACAAUAGGUUGCACCAUGUUCCCCAGAGUCCCCGCUAACGGAAAACCGUCAAAUAUUGGGCCUCAAUUUGAUAAUGUCGGAUCAUAUGUCUUCCAGCCUGGGACGAAAACCCCCGUCUUGCGCGGCAGUGUGGGUGAGCUUUGUGUCUCGGGUCCUCUUGUCGGACGUGGCUACCUUAAUCGUCCGGAUUUGACAACGGAGAAGUUCCAGUUCUUGGAGGAGUUCAACGAACGCGCUUAUCGAACAGGUGAUCUCGUGCGGCUCUUAUGGGACGGUACUUUCCAGUUCCUGGGCCGCAUAGAUGACCAGGUGAAACUGCGUGGACAGCGUCUUGAGAUUGGGGAAAUCAACGAGGUAAUCAAAGGCGCAGCGCCAGAUGUGGGAGAAGUUGCUACGUUAGUAGUCAAGCAUCCAAAGCAGUCAAAGGAACAACUGAUUUCCUUCGUCACUAAGGGCAGCCAGAAGCAGAAACGAAAUUCCGUGGAGAUCUGUAUCAAUGAGGAUGAUGGCAGCUUGUUAUCAGCUGUUAAGAAUGCCUGCCGGUCUCAUCUUCCUGGCUACAUGGUCCCAACGCAUAUCAUUCCCAUCACAUCUUUCCCUCUGUCUGCUAAUAACAAGGCGGACGCGAAGACUCUAAAGGCAUUGUACCAGGCUAUGUCGAUCGAAGAAUUGCAGUCAUUGAACUCGCUGAGCAGAGACGCGGUGGAUGUGGACGAUGAGACAUUGAAGAAAGUUAUUUCUGUGCUUUCGGGAUAUCUUGGUAGUGCAGAUAAAGAAAUAUCCCCUGAGUCCAGUAUUUACGAACUGGGUUUGGACUCGAUUUCAGUGAUAUCAUUUGGCAGGGCUCUCAGGGAAGCCGGAUUUUCGCAGGCACAGCCGUCAGUCAUAAUGAAGAACCCCACUAUUUCUGGAAUAACGAAGGAGCUUCAAAGCUCAAGCAUCAAUUCCGCUUCGAUGGAGAACAUUUACAGAGAGGCACGACAAAACAUCAUGGCCUUUUCUCACAAAUAUCUCCAUCUUGCUGCAGGUUACCUUCAAAUCGCUUCUUCGACUAUCGACGCUGUUGCUCCUUGCACUCCACUACAGGAAGGAAUGAUUUAUCACUUCCUAGAAAGUGACAAGCCGCUAUAUUGCUCCUCUUUCGCUUUCGAGUUGGUACUUCCGAUUGACUCCGAACGACUGAAAGGCUCAUGGGAGCACUCGCAAAAGGCGGAGCAGCUACUUCGUACGAGGUUCGCGCCAACGCCAGACGGUUACGCUCAAGUCGUCCUCAAAGAGAGUGAGCUUCCGUGGUUCGAGAUGACUACUGCAAAUAGCGAGGAUGUGGAUAACUUGAGACGCCAUAAUUUCAUGAAAUGGUGCAAAAGAAUGGGUGACUUCUGUGCUUCGCCCUGGCAGGUCGGUUUGAUCACAUCCCCAACGAGAUCAUUGAUGUGUCUGGACAUCUUCCAUGCCCUAUAUGACGGCAACAGUUUACCGCUGCUGUUAGAGAAGAUUGCUCACAUAUAUCUUCAAAAUGACUCUUCCUCCAGUGGACUUUCAUUUUUGGAUGUCUUGCCUCUGGGCCCCUUGUGCAAGAUUCCUGGCGCAGAAAAGUUUUGGACUGAGCAUCUGGCCGACGCUCCGGUGGGGACACUUUUCUCCAGUGCACGGCAAGAUGAUGACCAGUAUAGCACAGCCAGUGCCAAACUCGAUAUCGACGACGUGGGUGGCUUGGAGGUCCUCAGACGAUUGCUCAGUGUCACCGAGCAAUCUAUACUUCAUGCCUGUUGGCUUCUCGUCCUAUAUCGUCAAUUUGGAAGGGUCCCAACACUUGGUAUGGUGGUUUCAGGGAGGGCGCUCGACGUCCCUGGAAUAGAAGAAUUGAUAGGUCCAUUGUUCAACACACUUCCAAGCAAUGUGCGGUUCAGCCAUCUCAGUACUUGGUCUGACCUAGUGCGGCGCUGUCACGAUUACUAUACUUCCACCAUUCCUUUCCAACAUACUCCUCUGCGAGAUAUAAUGAAGUGGACACGCAGGUCUCCAGACCAGCCGCUCUUUGAGUCGCUGUUCGUAUUCCAGAAAAGCAGCAGUAUGCACACUUCCUCAGAGAAAAACCUAUGGUUCCCACUGGACAGUGAAGCAGAGAUGGGAUAUCCUUUGGCUUUCGAAGUACAACACAAGGACGACCAGUCGUUGACUGCGACAGUCGUUGCAAAUACACAAUCUAUCUCCUCCGAAGACGCCCAGGAUUUGCUUCGCCUCUUCCGGGACACUCUCUUGCAACUCAUAGAGGACCCUUCAAGAGAGCUAUCUUACAGCAAUGGUGUCGCGACAUCUCUGAACGGCCACGCCACCGCGACGACUCAGGGAACAGGAGAGUCCGACCGAGGACAAGGAAAAGCCACCCAAUUUGAAUGGAAUGCCGAGUCCCAGAUGAUUCGAAAUGUCAUUGCUGAGCUGGCUGGAAUUGAUCCAAAUGACAUAAAAGAAACCACAUCGAUUUUCGAACUCGGUUUGGACAGCAUAGAUGCAAUAAAGGUCUCUUCCAGACUGAAGAUCCUCGACAUAAGUCUGCCUGUCAGCACUAUCAUGCGCCAGCGCACUAUCGAAAAAAUGGCCGCGCAGCUAGUGCAACCGGUUAAUGGCAGCUCAUCUAUCUCGAGGACAUCCCUUUCCCGAUACGAAAAGGAUAUAACCGAAUGCCUGACCCGGGAUGGAGAGAUCUCCAAAGAUACCAUUCGAGUGUUGCCCGCAACCGCAAUUCAAGAGGCCAUGGUGGCGGAAAUGGUGGCAUCGGACUACACACAUUAUUACAACCAUGAUAUCCUGGAGAUCGAACCAGACGUGGACCUAGAAAGACUGAAAAGCGCUUGGGACCAAGUCUUCAAGACUCAUCCAAUCUUGCGGACGACCUUUGCGGAGAUCUCAGACCCGCGUGUGCCAUUUUCGUAUGCCCAACUCGUGCAUGAUGUGGCUUUAGAUAUUCCUGUUGUUGAGUGGAAGGACCAACCAGUGAACAAGGUGCUCGAGGGCCAGAUACCAGUCCGAGACAGAAACGCCAACAACACCGAGCCUCUUAUGGCGCUGCGUGUUAUAUUGACCGAAAACAACAAGCGCUAUCUGAUUUUCUCAGUCGCUCAUGCUCUCUAUGACGGAUGGUCACUCGGUUUGCUCCAUGCCGACGUCGCAAAAUGUUAUGCCGGUGGAUCUUGCGAGCGGCCUCCGUAUGAUGGUGUUCUGGAGCACUUGAUUGAGUCUUCUGGACAGCAAGCUUCUGAGUAUUGGAAAACUGCUCUUUCCAAUUGCACUCCUACUAAAUUCCCCGCAGGAGCAGACGCUGGCGGGCGGCAACAGGUUGUGCAUCGCCAGGAGAAGACCCUUUUGGUGGCGGUCGAAGAAGUUAAUAGCUUCUGCAAGAAAGUCGGGAUUACUCUGCAAGCUCUCGCGUCUACGUGCUGGGCCCUUGUACUCGCGGAGUACGUCAAGAGGCUAGAUGUCGUCUUCGGACUGGUACUUUCAGGUCGCGACAUUGCCAAUGCAGAGCAAGUGAUGUUCCCUACUAUGAACACAGUUGCCAUGCGUUCUAUUAUCCAUGGUACGCGGUCAGAAAUGCUAAAAUACACCCAAGGGGUUCUGGCUGAUAUGGCCUCUUAUCAACAUUUCCCUCUGAGAAAGGCAAAGCCCGACAUGAGUUCUCGAGCACUCUUCGAUUCUCUGUUCAUCUACCAGAAAAGGCCAGAAGAAGCCGUCCAUCCACAGAAGGCUUUAUACAAAUCUGUUGAUGCGUCAUCCAAUCUAGAGUAUCCUGUAUGCGUUGAACUGGAGAAUACGAGUGGAUCGCUCAUAUGGAGAGUGGCAUGCCAUGAUACUACUUUGGGAGCAUCAGAGACUGCAGUGCUCUUGGAGCGUGUUUGUGAUAUGUUCGCUCUGAUUCUCCAACAGCCAGAUCGACCGGUUCUAGACUUUGUUGACAGUGGAGUCUCAAUCUGUGAGGGCCGAGCGUUCCAGGAGCAGGCUGCGACAGCGCAGGCGACAUCGAAAGACAAUACAAUCUCUCAGUCUCAUGAAGAAUGGUCUACACUUGAGACGAAUAUUCGUCAGGUUCUUGCGUCCGUGUCUGGAAUUCCCGAGCAAGAGAUUGGUAAGGAUGCGACCCUGUUCCAUCUCGGUCUGGAUAGCAUCAGUGCCAUAAAAGUGUCGUCCUUGUUGAAGAAACAGUCUAUCACGCUUCCAGUGAGUGACAUGCUCAAGGCUGGUACCAUCAGGGCGAUGGCUAGGACCGUGAAGGUUGAGGGUAUGGGAUUCAAGUCUGGAGAUGUGACACCGGUGCUGGAUACCCUGCUGGCAAGGAUCGAUGUUCCUAGCUUGCUACAAUCCUAUGAUAUCCAGCGGCAGCAUGUCGACCGGAUCUCCCCUACGACUGCUGGCCAAACAUACCUCCUGGCGAUGAAUGAGCUGAAUCCAUCCGUGUUCUACCCGAAAUUCUGGUACAAAAUCCAUGACCUCAAUGAUCACAGCCGGUUAGAUGAUGCAUGGAGGCUUUUGAUACAACGUGAAGCCAUGUUACGCACCGCCUUCAUUCCGACGGCUGAGAGAGACAUGCCUUAUAUCGCAGUGGUGCUGAAUGAUAUCCGGAACCCUAUCGUUUGGCACGCAUCCAAUGCUGCUGGGGAAUCGAAGAAGAGAAACAUCCAUUCAGUGCCAGUGACACUCCACGCCUACGCGAGAACCGAUGCUAUCUACAUAGCGCUUGAGAUUCACCAUGCACUUUACGAUGCCGUGAGUCUUCCAAUGCUUAUCGAUGCUCUUGGCAGUUUCUGCAAUGGUGAGGUUUCCAAGAGUGAGUCGAGCCUUGAUCUGGCGACACUCGUGGCGUUUCAAAGUACUAGAUCGCCUGUGGAGAAGCGACGGGAGUUCUGGGAAGGCUAUCUUGGGCAGAGAACGUACAAGAAAUCAGAGACACUGGCAUCAUCAUACACUGAGAUCAAGAGCUUCUAUCGACCGGGACUGCUCUCGGAUAUCUCGCGGGUCGAAAUGGCGGCACGACAGCACGCGAUAAGUAUUCAAGCUCUGUUCCUAGCGGCCUACGCGCGCGUACAAUCGCGGUUGACAAAGACCAAUGAUGGAUCAGAAACGGGUCAUGUCAUCGUCGGAUUGUAUCUAGCAAACCGCGGCCACGAUCUGGAAGGAUUAGAAGAGCUCACAGCGCCCACGGUGAACAUUGUCCCUCUGAAGAUCGAAAAUGCAGCAGCUAGCGGGGAGUCCAUUUUCAGUGUGGCGCAAAGGAUACAGAAGGAUAUACAGGAAAUCGGGCGAAUUGAGUAUUCAGGCGUGUCGCUUGUGGAGAUCGCAGACUGGACCGGCGUGCGAGUAGACACAUGCGUCAACUUCCUCAGACUUCCUGAGUCUAGACCAGCGCAGGAUCAGGAUCACGGCGAUAAACGACAUGUGGGAGUGGAGCCAGCAGAUCCCCAGGAAAUCAAGGCCCUUCUGGCAGAGGACAAUGGCAACGCCGAGGCGAAAGAGGAUCACUGUUUGACCGUUAAUCAUGGCCAAGACAGCCAAAGCAGCUUUGACCCCGAGCGCUCUGGAUUUUUAGAAGACAUUUUCCUGCCGACGAUUGAUAUCGAAGCUGCCGUCCGGGGGGACGCACUGGACGUGGGCGUCUUCGGGCCGAAGAAUCUUGUCAACGAAGCGACAGCGGAAACCAUACUCACCGAUUUACGACGGGAGAUCCUUUCUGUUAUUACCCAGGAUACGAAUGGUUACUGA